AUGUACUAUGGACUACCAAGGCGUGUACAUUCCGACCAGGGUCGAGAGUUCGACAAUAAUUUGAUCAAGGAGCUUACUAAUCUUCUGGGGAUUAGGAAAUCAAGAACAACACCGUACCAUCCCCAGGGUGAUCCUCAGCCCGAACGUUUCAACAGAACCUUGCUGAGCAUGCUUGGCACUCUUCCUGAAGACAAGAAGCAGAACUGGAGCAAAUUUGUUGGUCCACUAGUACAUGCAUAUAAUUGUACGAGGAAUGACAGUACAGGUUUCUCACCAUACUACAUCAUCAUCGGGCGAGAGGCACGAAUACCACUUGAUCUAUGCUUCGGCACAACCCCAGAUGGUGUCACAAACAAAGACCAUUCCAAGUAUGUUUCUGAGCUCCGGAAGAGUCUGGAGAAUGCAUAUCAGCGUGCUGCGAUGGAGUCUGCAAAACUGUCUGAAUCGAACAAGAAGCGUUACGAUCUCAGGGUGAGGGGUAGCGAGUUGAAAGAGGGUGAUAGGGUACUCAUUCGAAACGUUGGAUUCAAAGGCCCACACAAGCUUGCAGAUAAGUGGAAAGACACGGUGUACUGUGUUGUCAGUCAUCCAAAUGAUGGGAUUCCUGUUUCACCCAAGGUGUUGCAUCGAAACAUGAUCCUGCCAAUUGGAGUACUCACCGGUGAAAAUCAAACCCCACCUGCUGUGGAAACACCUAAGAGACCGGUGACAAGACAAAUGAAGCACCAGAGGUUGGAAGUGCCAAGUAAAGUAAGACAAGCAAAAGAAAGCUUGACAGAAGAUCACGAUGAUGAUGACACAAGUAAUAUCAUCACCAUAUGGUCUAAAUGUGAAAAGAAAGUUCCGGCUUCGGGUACUGAAGUUAAUGUCCCUGAAAAUUCCAGUUUCCAGGAAAAUGAUAGUGAGGAGGUUCAGAAAGGUUCUGAAGAUUCCACUGUUGCUACCAGCCCGUUGCAGAUUGAUGCAGAACCAUUCAUUCCGUUGGGAUGGAAAUCUACCAAUGAUGACAAUUUACCACUAGAUGAAGCCAACAGCCACACUUCGACCUGGUCACAGAUGGGGACAGAUUCCAUUGGUGUUAGUCCAGAAGGGAUUGAACAGAUGGAAACAGAUCCCUGUGGUGUAGGUCAAGAAGUGAGUGAGCCCAUGAUCAACAACCCAGAUGUUGAUGGAGAAGGUGGAAAGGCUGCUUCUCUAGCUUGCGACAAAGAAGUUAUGCUGGUUCCUGAUGCUGAGAUUUCCUGCGAAAGUCAGUCGAGAGAUUUGGUAGGUGAUGGAACUAGUGACAUAUACCCAGUAGUUGAGGAAGUCAGAAGUGAAGUUCCUAUCUUGAAAGAUUCAAGCGGGGUUAGCAAUGAGAUGCUUGAGUGCAUACCAGAUGUGGGUGAAGAUCUUGACAUUGGCGCAGAAGUAGUCAUCGACAGCAUGCUUAGCCCUUGUGAGAGUACAAGUAUUGAAGAUGUGGUAACAGAAGACGCUUCAACUGCUGAUGUAUCUGUGAAGACAGACUCUGCUGUUGAAUCCAUGGAGACUUCUGAAAAGGUUGAUGUAUCCAAGUCAGGUAGACAGCGUCAACCACCUAAGAGAUUCACAUACGAUACGUUUGGGCAACCAACAUGUAACAAAUUCAGUGUGAACGCACUAGAGCAUUGGAUUCCAGGUUUCUGCAAGCCACUGUUCUUCCCGACUAAAAGUAGCAUCGGGACGAUGCCACCAGUUUAG